AUGGGUCUCAACGCCAAAAAACGUAAUUCUUUGUCGCCUACUGGCUCGCUACCAACCCUUCGUCGCCGCUGUUCUUCUGAAGCCGCCAGCGACGGGGAGAGUGAAAUCCACACUGCUUGUUCCUAUCCACCAGACUCUGCCGCCAGGCCUGCCAAUGAACAGACAGCAGAACCUACCACCGGAUCUGACGGUGAAAAGACAGGAGACACUACGGCUAUAUCUGGCGACGAAGAGAAAAACAUUCAAGAACCGCCAGCGCCGCUGAUACGACAGUUCACCGAGCCAGGUCCGGCAAUCAAAGUACCGCGCGCGAGGCGCAGGGGCCUCUUCGCACAAUUGACGUUGAUUGCAGAGGUCGAGGAUCCCAAGACGUACUCUCGAAAGCUGAAAUGGUUCAUCACUUUCAUUGUGGCUGUGGCAGGAGCGACAGCUCCGAUGGGCUCAUCAAUCUUUUUUCCUUCACUGCCACAAGUGACGCGGGAGCUCCAUACCAAGACCACCAUCACGAACUUGUCGAUUGCUUUGUACAUGUUGAGCAUGUCAAUAUUUCCACUCUGGUGGUCCUCUUUCAGCGAACGACUCGGGCGGCGGACAAUUUAUCUGGCUUCGUUUGCCUUGUUUGUGAUCUUUAAUUGUCUCUGUGCCAUCUCACGCUCGAUCGCCAUGCUCAUCGUCAUGCGCAUGUUGAGUGGCGGUGCUUCCGCUUCUGUGCAGGCUGUAGGCGCCGGAACGAUUGCAGAUCUGUGGGAGCCGCGUGAGCGAGGCAGCGCAAUGAGCAUCUUUUAUCUGGGACCUCUAUGCGGACCACUUUUUGCGCCAAUUGUGGGUGGACUUCUCGCCGAACGUUGGGGCUGGAGAAGUACAUUGUGGUUUCUCGCUGGGUACGGUGCACUGACUCUUAUCUUCAUUUUCUUCGCCUUACCCGAAACGCUGGCGAUGUUACGGCCUGUUCUUCCAGAGACGACCGAGGAAGAUGUUUUGCCAACAACUCGCCCACUGAGCCGAGUGUCUUCCCGACAAGUACUGGGUGCCACAACGAGGUGGCUGAAAAUGCUGAAGAUGACCUUCAUCGACCCUUUGAAAAUCGUGCUUUACUUGCGCUUCAUCCCGGUGCUGCUUAGCGUGUACUACGCAAGUAUUGCCUUCGGCUCGCUUUAUGUUCUGAACGUCAGCAUUGAAGAUACAUUCGGUAAACCGCCGUAUAAUUUUAGUACAGUUAUCAUCGGCCUGCUCUAUAUUCCGAAUUCCGUUGGAUAUGUGGUGGCGAGCUUGUUCGGUGGUCGAUGGAUGGACAGUAUCAUGAAGCGUGAGGCUAAAAGGGCAAAACGGUAUGAUGAGAAGGGCAGGCUGGUGUUCCGUCCUGAAGACCGCAUGCGCGAGAAUGCGUUACUCGGGGCCCUCGUUUACCCUGCGGCUCUCAUCUGGUACGGAUGGACCGUAGAAAAGGCCACAUUUUGGCUGGUUCCGGUAAGUCAAAGAAUUUUCAUUGCACACUCCAAGGCGAAAGGAGGCACUGUGCUGACUCGUUUGUGGCCGAGACAGAUGAUUGCCAAUUUCUUCUUUGGCAUCGGCUCGAUGAUCAUAUUUAGCAUGGUCACCACGAUGUUGACUGAGUUUAUGCCCAAGAAAUCUUCAGAAGGUGUCGCUCUGAACAAUUUCGUGCGGAAUAUCUUCUCAUGCGUCGGCUCACUUGUCACAGCACCCAUCCUCGAUGGAAUCGGCAACGGAUGGCUGUUUACCAUCCUUGGGUUGGUAGGGUUUGCAAGUGGCUCGGUCAUAUUUCUCAUGCGUAAAUUUGGACCACGCUGGAGAAAGACCAUGGAUGAAAAAAUGGGAUGA